GGGAGUUAGAAACAUUGCCAAGUGUGCAGCACUUUGUCCAGAGCUUAAGAAUCGACCACGUGUGACAGUGUCCGGAAAUGCCAACAUUAACUUGGCUAUUAUCCGCCGCAUCAGUUUUCUCUAAUGAGUGUCACAUUCAUAUCAAAAACGUCAUAUUUACCUCAUGCAACAUCACUCCUCUCUCGCUCUAUUAUAAGACCAUAACACAGAACAAGGCCUUUUGGUCGCUUAACGAUGGCGUCAAGUGAUAAAGUUCCGGUGGCGUGUCCGGCAAGCACCGGAGAAGGUAAGGAGCCUAUGGGAGAUCCGACGAAGACCACAACGGCAAUGUUAGACAAAGGAACGGCUAUGUUGCAGUCUAUGAAACCGAUCAAACAAAUGAGUCUACAUGUGUGUUCAUUCGCUUGCUAUAGUCACGAUCCUGGCCGUCAGAUCGAGGUCCAUAUGUACGGUCACCGUGUAAACCAAGAUUUUCUCCAAUGUGCCGUCUACGAUUCCAAUUCCUCUAAGGCUCAUCUCAUCGGGAUCGAAUAUAUAGUGUCAGAGAAGUUAUUCCAAAGUCUCUCACCGGAUGAACAAAAGCUUUGGCACUCGCAUGACUACGAGAUCCAAAUGGCUCUUCUAGUAACUCCAAGGGUCCCAGAGCUCGUUGCGAAGCCGGAGCUUAAGAAUCUUGCCAAAUCUUACGGAAAAUUUUGGUGUACAUGGCAAAUUGAUCGCGGGUUUCUUGUUUUGUCGUUUAAAGGAGAUAGAUUACCACUAGGUGCACCAUCAUUAAUGGUUUCGCCACAAGACGUUAGUCUAGGGAGGAUAAAACCAGAGCUGGUGAAAAAGAGAGAUGAAGAACAUGGAAUCUCGACGGAAUCGUUGAAGCCGUCACGGGAAGGGAUUUGCGGACCGGAGAAAAAGAAUCUGAUUGCUGAUUAUUGGGUUCGGUUUAGGACAGGCUUUGCGAUUGAUGUCGUUGAGACAGAUAUGAAGAGGACAGCUCCCUUCCCGUGACACACUGUUUUUUUUGUUUUUCCUUCAUGAAUCUUUGAGACAUUUUAUGUUCGUAAGCUUAUCCAAGGUUUUUCGUUCUUACCACAUUAUGAUAAAAUAAUUAAUACAUUUUCGUUCUUAAUUUCCA